AUGUUGUCCUUUCGCCAGACCAUGAGAUUCAUGGCCCCCGCCACAAGAGCUUUCUCUUCCCAGAGGGUCAUGCUACAGAAACAGGUUACCAAGACCGCCACCAAACUAUCGGAGGUCGAUGGCCACGCCACUUUGAUCGGUCCUGGUGCCAAGGAGGGCGAGGUUCCUACCGAGCUAGAACAGGCCACCGGUUUGGCCAGACUGGAACUUUUGGGUAAACUCGAGGGUAUUGAGAUUUUCGACACCAAGCCUCUGGACUCCUCCAGAAUCGGUACCAUGGAGAACCCUAUCAUGGUCGACACCUACGACGACUACCGUUACGUUGGUUGCACCGGCUCCCCAGCCGGCUCCCACACCAUUAUGUGGCUAAAACCAACCGUGAACAACGUUGCCAGAUGUUGGGAGUGCGGUUCUGUAUACAAGGUGAACCCCGUGGGUGUCAAGACCGACGACGACGACCACCAUUGA